GGACGCCAACGCUCCAGUCAACAGCGCAGGCCCCACCCUUUGUGUUGCUUACCGCCAGUCAAUCAAAAUAGAAACUAAUCUUGACAGUUAUCACCGAUUUCUACGUGGUUGCCGACAAUUAUUAACUGCCGGUCAUGUCGGGUUGGUUGUAGCUGUCAGAAUUCUUCAUUGAACGGCAAGUCACGCCAUGACUGCGCCAGAGCAGCCCAUGAAAGCCGAAGAAAUGGCUGCUUUGGACGUCAACAGCAGCCAGAGCAACUUUUUGCAACAUGAAGCCGCCACGGGUAAUCAGGACAUUGAGUCGUCGUCCCUCGACCUGCUUGCGACCACCUGCACUAAGGUUGGCUCACCGGCAUCAGAGGUGGACAGAGGUGCUGCCGCUGGUGUGGCAUCAUCUACACAGCUUACAGUGUCUGAUAAAUGGGAGGUAUUGGCCCCCACCACGGCUGCCAAGGAUGACCGUGAGAUGAUCCAGAUCCAAGGCCAAGGAAUAUUAGCAUCAAAUGGACAGUACGUUCUUCCUCUCCAGAGUUUGCAGAGUCAGCCGAUUUUUGUGUCAUCGGGAAGCGACGCCCCCUCUGCCAAUUCAGUGCCUAACAUUCAGUACCAAGUCAUUCCUCAGAUUCAGACUGCAGACGGACAACUGAGCUUCGCCACCACGGGCAUGGAAGGAGCAACUCUGAGUCAGGAUGCGGCGGGACAGAUUCAGAUCUUGCCCGAUGGCAGUCAGGGUCUGUGUGUCACAUCCGCUGCCAGCAUCCUUACGAACAACCAGAGCCUCAUAUCACAGACUGCAAAUAUGCAGCAGAUCCAGGGGAUUUCUCUUGGCAACUCUGCAUUCAACCACCAGGGUCAGGUUGUAACUAAUGUACCUGUGGGUUUGCCAGGGAACAUCACGUUUGUUCCGAUUAACAGCAUAGACUUGGACGUGUUAGGCCUAUCCGGAGCCCAGACAAUCGCGACAGGCGUCACCGCUGAUGGCCAGUUAAUCAUGGCGGAUCAACCGGGGAGCGGCGCCGAGAGUCAGGAGAAGACCGACGAUGACCUCUCUCAAACGCUACCAGUGAAUGAUGCCAAUGCGGAGCUUUUUGUGCCGACGUCUUCCUCGCAGCUCCACGAUCCGACUCGCGAAGCCAGCCUCCAGACACAAGACGGCCAGUUGCCAUCCGUGGCUUCGCAGCAGUCCGACUCCAACGCUGGCCUGCAGCAGGGCUUCAUCCAACAGACUCAAGAGCCGGACAUCCAGGCGACAUCUGCUCCACCCAUUGUCCAGCUGCAGCAGGUGCCGCUGCAGACCGCCAACGGGCAGGUGGUCCAGUCGGUGGCUACGGCCGGACAGGGUGUUCAAAACCUACAGCUGAUAAACCCCGGGACCUUCAUCAUCCAAGCCCAGACUGUGACCCCAACAGGCCAGAUACAGUGGCAGACCUUCCAGGUGCAAGGUGUGCAGAACCUGCAAAACCUUCAGCUUCCCACCACUGUCCCUCAGCAGAUUACUCUGGCUCCGGUCCAGACCCUCUCACUGGGUUCCAGUCCGGUCGGCGUCAACACUGGGCAGAUGCCCAACCUACAAACGGUGACGGUCAACUCGGUGGCACAACAACAGCAAGGAAAUGCUGACAUGCCAAGAGACAUCCGGAUAAAGGAGGAGCCGGACUCCGCAGAGUGGCAGCUGAGCUCCGAUUCGACCCUAAACACCAGCGAUCUGUCCCACCUUCAGGUCAGGCUGGUGGAGGACGAGGAUUAUAUAGGCCUGGGGGGCAAGAGACUACGUAGAGUGGCCUGCACUUGCCCCAACUGUAAAGAGUCUGGUGGGAGGGGAUCCGGCGUGGGGAAGAAGAAGCAGCACAUCUGCCACAUCACGGGCUGCGGCAAAGUGUACGGAAAGACGUCGCACCUGCGAGCGCACCUGCGGUGGCAUUCCGGGGAGCGACCUUUCGUCUGCACCUGGAUGUACUGCGGGAAGAGGUUCACGCGCAGCGACGAGCUGCAGAGACAUAGGAGAACACACACAGGCGAGAAGAAGUUUGUGUGCCCCGAAUGUUCCAAGCGCUUCAUGAGGAGCGACCACCUUGCCAAGCACAUCAAAACCCACCAGAACAAAAAAGGGGUGAACUCUGGCAGCGCCAUGGUGACAUCAGUGGAGUCGGCGGGGUCGUCGGACAGCCUCAUCACCACGCCGGGCGGCACCACCCUCAUCCUCACCAACAUCCAGCAGGGCUCCAACAACGCCCAGGACAUCUUGGCCAACGCCGAGAUCCCCCUGCAGCUCGUCACCACCUUAGCGGCCAGUGAAGUCAUGGAGUGAUUUGGCGCGCCACUCACAAACUGGCGUGACACCAUUCUCCUAUAUCCCUUUCCUGCAUUUUUAUUCCAGCGUUGAAGAAAAGAACUGUAAAAUGAUGAUAUAUUUAUAUAUAUAUUUUACCAUUCAAAGAGAAAUUCUCGUCCACUCUGCUAUGACGUGGAGGUAAGAAUAGAAAGAGACGUUGCAGUAAUUACACAAGGAAAUGCCUUAUUUUGUACGAUAUAGUGUAGUUGUAGGUUUAGGGUGUCCUCAAUCAAUUUUGUUCAUGUUUUUUCACUUUAUGUCCUUGUUCCCCGAAAAAUAAGCUUCACCUCCAAGUCAAAACGUUUCCUGAAUUUAUUGGUUUCCUGUCUUUAAUGGAAAGGUAUUUAUGUUUUGCUUUUGUUUUCCUUGCUUUCUCGAAGAUGCAUUUCCCCACAGUCGGCAUGCUUCCAUUUAAGCAAUUCGCACUGCAAUUUUUAGGUGGAAACAAUCAAGUUAUUUGUUUGGGGGUUUUUUUGGAAACACUUCAAAAAGACCAACAUGUCGAUGGAUCCCUAAAUACUUUUGAACAGAUAUUUAUGUUGGCAACAUAAUAUCCUGUUUACAGCUAAAGGCAACACUUUUAAAAAAAGGCUUUAUUGGGAAGAAAUGUGUUUUUGUAAAGACUUUGAAGAUUUUUUUUUUAAACCAUCUUUGGUGAUGAUUGCCAAAUUUGCCUAAAAACUCAGGGUGAGUUUUGACCACAUGAAUCAAGUGUAGAAAAUAGCCCCUAUAUUGUCUCGUUUUUGGGACAAAUCUUUUCAGAUGGACCAAAACCUCAGAAGAACGACGUCACCACUAUUUUACCUGCUCCCAUUGAGCAAUUCGCCUUGUCACCCCCCCCCCCCCCCCCCAUCCCAUUUGGUAAUGACCCUUGUUUCUUUUAACAAAUUAUCUCUGAUGUGCAAUUCACAAUCGGCCUCAUUUAAGUAGAAAUGUCAUUCUAAAGGUGGUACAUUGAAUUUUGAACAGCACUGUCCUCUUACCAUGAAUCAUUGUUUUCAUCCAUGUCAACAAAUCUCUAUUUGUAUAGAUUUUUUUGAUAUAUAAGAAAUGUGUUGCAUUCCCAUGUUAAAUGUUAUUUCUGCCCCCAAAAUCUAAAAGAAUACGUGAAAUGAAUAAUUACUUUUUUUUUAAAUUGUCAACUUCAACUGACAGUUCCUUGUGUACUAAGAAUUGCAGUUUUUACUUGUUUAGAACUGUACAAAAACCUGUCUAUAAUGUCAUUAUAAACAUUUCUGUUACACUUGAA